AGUCGGCGUUUUGCAGGCGAAGAUGGCCGGUAAUACUACAGAUAUUAACCAUCCAAUCUUCAACUUUCAGUGCUUUAUUUCUACGGCAAUGAGUUUAGGAAUAUUGUUAGUUAAUUGUAUUAUUUUAUUAGUUCUUUUCAAAUCGGAAGGUGUUACAGCCGUGAAUCGUAAUUUCUUUACUUCAAUGAGCAUAGCCGAUGCUUUAAUAUCCUUUAUCAUUUCUCCAUUUGUCACUUGGAACGGAAUAUUUCAAGGAUGGUUAUAUGGAGCAGCAUUUUGUCAUAUACAAAGUUAUCUAUGUGCUAUAUGUUGGCUGGCCUCUCUAUACUCUCUUAUGUGGAUGAGUAUUGAUCAUUACGUCGCCGUUAAUAAACCGGAUAGAUACGGAGUAAUCAUGACUGAUAUGAGAAGUCGAUGUUGGGUUAUGUUUGUCUGGAUAGCGGCUUUUAGUUUUUGUUGCCCACCUUUAUUUGGAGUUUCCAGAGCAACCUAUUACCCUGAUGCCUUUAUUUGCCUAAUUGACUGGAAAAUGCAAAAAGCAUACUUUAUAGCGUCUGGCUUAUUAGUGAUUACACCACCUACUGCCGCUCUAGCCGUUACAAAUUCUUUCCUCUGGUCAAGACAUUUUAGAUUAGCUCAGAGGGUUUGUUCAAAAAUACCGCAAAUGGCGAAACGACCGCAAAAAUAUGCAAUUUCCGCUGCUUUAUGUCUGCUAUUUUUUGUGUCCUGGAUACCUUGGUGCACUUUGCAGUUGUAUGAACACAUAGGCUUGGACGAAUGA